GUUGACAAAUUAAAUAAAAAUGAAAGACUUAUACCAGUAGAUGAACUCAGUGAUAAUGAAUUAAGACAAAGACGUAUAUUUGUUGCGAUCACGGCCUUCACAUCAAUAUUGGUCCCUUGGUUUUCAGUAAUCAUAGCCUACUACACUCCUCCC